UCAAAAUUUAGAUGACAUAUUUAUUGUCAAAAAACUAACCUAAAAUUUUUAAGUAAAUUCUUUUAAAGAAUUAUAUUUAAACAUUAAAAUUAAUCAACAUGCACGAAGCUUAUAACAUAACAAACAUUUUACAGCUUACAGUUCAAGUGGAAUGUUUAACAGCAUACGAUGAGAGUUUAUUUUUGGGUACAAGACAAGGUCACUUAUACAUGUACAGUGUAACAUUAAAAGAUGAUAAACCGGAAGUUAGUUUAAUGAGAUUAAAUAAAUCGUUUAGUAAAAAAGCGAUCCAACAAAUCGAAAUAGUCCCACAUCAUGAUUUGCUUAUAUGUUUAUCAGAUAACAUUAUUCAAGUGCAUAACACAAAAGAAGUCAGCUUUCCAGUUGUUCAGCAAAUAGAGAGUUCGAAAGGGGCCUCAUUUUUUGCAUUGCACACCCAGGUGCAAACCUCAUUAACCGGGGAAACAGUGUCUUUAGUCCGAAUGUGCAUAGCAAUCAAACGCAAGCUUCAUUUAUUUUAUUUAAAAAAAAAUAAUUUCACCGCAUUCGAAAAUUCAACAGUUAAUUUAAAAGAUCUUCCAAAAACGAUAAUUUGGUGUGGAGAAACAAUUUGUGUGGGUUAUAAAAACGAGUAUUGUCUGUAUACUUUAAAUUCGAAAGAUAAACCCCAAGAUUUAUUUACAACAGGAAGCCGAUCCACAGAACCUUGUUUAGUUAAAAUAACCGAGAACACUUUCGCUGUUGGCCGUGAAAAUCAAACUGUGGUUGUAAAUGAUCAUGGCUCGGCGGCGACCAGUAAAGUUUUGAAAUGGUCAGACACCCCAACUGGGUUAAUUUGGGAUAAACCAUAUUUAUUGGGAACCUUACCGGAUGCAAUUCAUGUACAAAACUUAGAACCCGGUGGGAUGACCCAAAUUUUAGGAAAUCUCCCCAAAGUUAGGUUAAUUACUCGCGCGAAACAAGGAUUAUUAAUCGCAGCUUCAAUUAGUAACGUUUGGUGUAUUUACGCGGUUGAUGUUGCAGCUCAACGAAAAGUUUUAUUGGAUGAUAAACAAUUUCAAUUAGCAAUUCAAUUAACUCACACGUCAAAUGAAUCGGAAGAAGAAAAAAAAGAAAUAAUAAAUCACAUCCACACCCUUUUAGCGUACGAUUUAUUUCGUAAAAAAGAAUUUUUUAACAGUAUGAAAGAGUUUUUGGCUUUAAAAAGUGACCCUUACGAAGUAAUUCGACUUUAUCCGGAUCUUUUACCUCAAUCUUCCUCAACGGAACGAACAGAAACUUACGAAAAAUUAACCGACGUCGAUCAUGAAAAAGCAAUCCAAGCGUUAAUCGAUUAUUUAAUCGCGAUUAGACCCAACACCCAAGCGAACGUCCAAGCGAACGUAAACGCAUCGGGAAAUUUAAACGAAAAGCCUGUAACAACAAAAUCAACUCAACAAUUACUCCAAAUAAUUGAUACAACUCUUUUAAAAUGUUAUUUACAAACGAACGAUGCUUUAAUAGCUCCUUUAUUGCGGUUAAAUUAUUGUCAUUUAGCUGAAACUGAAAAAACUUUAAAAAAACAUGGUAAACACAACGAAUUGAUUAUUUUGUAUCAAACGAAAGGUCAACAUAGAAAAGCUUUGGAACUGCUUCAAAGCGAUGGAACUAUUGAUAGAACGAUAAAUUAUUUACAAAAGCUUGGGCCUGAAUUAAUGGGAUUAAUUUUUGAAUUUGCUGAUUGGGUUUUAAAAAAAUCACCGGAAGAAGGAUUAAAAAUAUUUAUCGAAGAAGCAACGGAAGUUGAAAAACUCCCCCGACCGAGAGUUUUAGACCAUUUAAUGCGAUCCCACACGUCUUUAGUUAUUCCUUAUGCCGAGCAUGUAGUUCAUAAUUGGAACGAUACGAAUCCGUUAUUUCAUAACACCUUGGUACAUUUCUACAAAGAAAAAGCGAUUUCUAAUGAUACCUCAUCGAUACACGCAAGAAAAAAAUUACACGAUUUUUUACAAACUUCGCCUUAUUAUACCGCCGAAACCGUUUUGGCAAGUUUUCCAACUGAUGAAUUAUUAGAUGAACGCGCAAUUCUUCUUGGAAAACUGGGCAGGCACGAACAAGCACUUUUAAUUUAUAUUAGAAUUCUAGGGAAUAUCGAAAAAGCCAAAGAAUAUUGCGAGCAAGUUUAUAAUCCGGAUAACCCGUCGAAUAAAGACGUUUAUUUGCAUUUAUUACAAAUCUUAUUAAAUCCACAACAAAAAACUUCUUUACCAAUACCAAACGCAAAUUUAUCGCCGUUAACGGCCGAACCAAAUAUGGAUUUAGCGUUGGAUUACUUAGAAAGGUACGCUUCAAAAAUCGACCCGUUCAAAGCGUUACAAUUUUUACCGAAAAAUGUACCGAUGUCGAGGAUAAACAAAUUCGUUCAAGUUGCGUUGCAUAGAAAGACGAAAGAACGACGUUGGGUGCAAUUAUUGAAAGGGUUAUUGUAUUCGGAAAAUUUGCAAUGUCAAGAGAUAAGGUUGCAAUUAUUGAAUAGAAGUUUCUUGAUAAACGAUUUAAAUUUAUGUUCGGUUUGUAAGAAGCGAUUUGGAAAUCAAAGCGCAUUAGUUCAUUAUCCCAAUGGAAAUAUUGUUCAUUAUUCUUGUCAAGAUAAAAAUAUUUAAUUUAUAAAGUAUUGUGUAAGAAUAAAAUAUUUAAACUAUCUAAAAUGUAAGAGUCAUCUAUGAGGGAGGGAGAAAACGAAAAAUGAGGUUGGUAACAAGUGACAGAAAAUAAUUUAUUAUUGAGGUAAACAAAGAGAUUGAAAAAUUGGAUGUUUAAUAAAUGUAAAACUUUAAUGUGAAUAAAAUACACCAAAAUAUGGCCUUUU